AGCCAUAUCUAGAUUUGAUUUUGUGUUAUCCAAAAAAAAAAAAAUUCCGUAAUGUCGUCGUCGUGCUGCGCGGGAAACUGUGGAUGCGGCUCCGGCUGCAAGUGCGGCACCAGCUGCAGCGGUGUACGUGGUGGCAGAUGCAAGAUGUAUCCGGAUGUGAGCUACGCCGAGACGACCGCCGCGGCUGCCGGGGCGGUGGUCCUCGGAGUGGCGCCGGCGAAGGCCAGCUUCGAGAGCGGGGCGGUGUUCGCGGAGAACGGCGGGUGCAAGUGCGGCGACAAGUGCACCUGCGACCCCUGCACCUGCAAAUGAGAAGCAAGCUGGGGGCGGGUGUCUCCAAUCGAUCAUAUUUAAGAGUAUGA